AGACUUUGACCACAAUUCGUAAACAACACUUUUCCGAAUCAGUUUUACGAAGGAUUAAAAAAAACAGCACUGUCGCAUGUGUUUGUUCUUGUAAAGCGCUUUGUUUAUAGAGACAUUUAGCAUGGGACGUAAAUAUUACUGCGACUAUUGUGAUAAACGGAUACAAAACGAUUACAACAUAAUCAAACAACACAAUGUAGGGCUGCCACAUCUUCGAGCGAAGGCUGAAUACUUUCAACAAUUCAAAAGUAUUGAAGAGAUUUUAGGGGAAAUCAAAUAUAAACCGCCUUGCCGUUCAUUGAAAGAUCAUAGUGUUUGCAUGUUUGGGGUACUAUGCAGAUAUCGUCAUUAUACAUCAGAGCAAAUUCGGGAAAUGCAACAGUUUGUUCAACGUCCGAAAGAGUUUAAUCCUAAAAGAUCGGAACGACUGCGUAAAUACUUGCGGAAUGUAUUGGCUCGUACGGAGCUAUUCGUUAAAAAACGAUACAAUCAACAUGCGAUGGAAAAAUUACCACCUUCUAUGAUACAAAUCGAAGAUUCUUCCAAGUAGACGCCAGCCAGAAACAGAUUAAUUGUCCCAGAAAGCUUAUUUAACUUAACUUAUUUAGAUGAAAGAUAUAAAUGAAGCUGCCCAAAAAUUAAUAAAAAUACAUCCAAAACUA